CACCUGAAAGUGAACUACAAGAAGUUUAUGAUGGCGUUGAACGUACACUUAGACCUCUCUGUUUCUCUGUGAGGGACAAAACGCUCAGCUAAAUGUGUAGUGAGGCCAUCCAACUUAGGAGUGCGUGAUGUCACCCAAAGAUAACCCCAUUUAAACAUGGCCCAGCUUUUCAGCCAAAUGCCGCAAAUGAUCCGAUCUGCCUAAGUUAUCGAUCACAACAUUAGUCAGAGUGCAUCUCAAGCCAGUCGUUCUCAGUCAACCUUGGUCAGAGCAAUGGCCAUGACAAUGGGCCCGUAUAGCCUGCCCAUCCUCAUGACAAUCCUAAGUUGUCUCAUGGCCUGGAUUCCGCCCCGAAGUAUUGGCUUCUAUUGCAACGAUCCGAAUGUUAGCCACAAAUACACCACCGACACGUUCCCCUCUAGUCUUCUCGUGUUCCACAUGCUCAUACCAAUCCUGUUCAUCUUCCAAUAUUGCGAAUUAGGUCUUCUCCAAGCUGCCGAUCCCAACCGAUCUAACGAUGACAACAGCAAGCUCUCGUGGAGCCGAGCUUGGUCCUUGUAUGGACGGUAUUGGGUGUUCACGGGCGUGGCAUUUCUGACCAAUGAGACCCUCAAGACCUUCUGUCCGGAGGCGAGGCCACAUUUCUUGGAGACCUGUAAUCCCGAUUGGACCAAACUUGAUUGCACGGAAAAUGCCAACCAUUACGUGACGUUUGAUAUUUCGUGGUGCCAGGAUCAAAACACGGCUCGAAAUGGUGCUCCAAAGGCCAUUUAUGAUGGAAUGAAGAGCUUCCCAUCCGGACAUGCUCAAAUGUCUUGCUACGCGUCAAUUUUUGCUAUCCUGUAUCUCCUCGAAAGAUAUCCAAAGAACAGGAGAAAAUUGUGGCGUCAUUUUGCCGUGGUCGUGCUCAUUGUGGCCGCCUUUCUGGCGUCGGUUACUCGCAUCACGGAUCGACGACAUCAUUGGUGGGAUGUCGCUUUUGGUAGUUCAUUAGGCCUCAUUGAAGGAUAUAUCUCGUUUUUCUACAUGAGGAAACACAUUUUGGAAUUUGAUGCUCCCAUGUCUGAGAAAGCCGCAACAAUCAAGUCUUGACAUGGACUCAUACAUAAAUUUAUAUACAUAUGCUUAUCAUACCUGCCGUUUUGAAUGAUUCCACAUUAAACUACUAGUUACCUGGC